CUCUUGGUGUUUUUAAACUACACCUGCUACCACCCCAGAUGAGCUGCAGACAUGAGCACAGUUGAAUGCAUGUCCAACACAGUAUUUUGUGCACUUGAGGCGACCGUGGCCUAGCUGUGGGUGAAAGCCUCGGACUUUCCUUAGCCGCUCUCACCGGCAAGCUGAGGACGCGGUCGGCGAGACCGAUUUCGGGUGCUGGAGAUGUUGGGAAAGCUAGGGACUGAAAAGUAAACGAAGAGGGGGUGUGUGUAGCUUUACGAAAGUAGGCGGGAAUGUGUUUAGCUUUAAUUGUUGUGUAUUCUUUUGUAGGUGACAGACCUCAUCAUUAUUGUAUUAUAACGCAAAUUGUAUUUUUCCUGAAUAAGCAGGCCAUCAUCGAGCACUUCUCUACUUUUGAAUAGCGUUACGUUCAGGUUACCUGCAGCUCCAUGGUUUCUUGGACUGCUCAGUGUCGGACUAAACAGGAACAGUUACAGCAAUCAAACACCUAGUGAGGUGUAAUGUUGAUGUCUAGGUAACGUUACAAGGUCAGUAUCCUGCCUUAUGUUGUCAGUGACAUACUGUGACAAAUAAACGUGUUGACAAAGGAGCAGCCAUGGCUUUUGAGGAGAUCAAGUGUAAAGGAGGAAUGGAUGUGGGGAUGGAUGGAGACAGGGGCCUUGUAGCUGGUCGUAGCCAGAGAGAGAAGAGGAGGUCUUACAAGGAUUUGCUAAGGGAGGAAGAGGAGAUUGCUGCACAAGUCCGAAAGUCAUCCAAGAAACGGCCCAAGGAUUCAGAACUGUUCAUGCUUGGAGGGGACUCACACAAAAAGAAGAAAAAACAUAGUGAUGACUAUUAUUACAGAGACCAUGAUGGCUCAGGUCCACCUCCCCACAAGAAAAAGCACAAGUCUGCAGACCGCUCCCCUACCCUCUCUUCCCCCUCAUCGUCCCACCCAACAGAUACAGCGAUGGGCCUCCUGCAGGCUAUCACCUCUCCAUUGGCCACAGGUUCGGACCCCAGCCCCCACUUGCACAAGAAACCCUCCUACCCCUCCUUCUCCUCGCACUCCUCCAAGGACCGCAAACGUGAGAGCAGCAGCGGCGGUGGAAGCAAAGGGAGCCACUCCUUCUCUCACUCCCGCCCCGUGUCUUCAUCGUCAUCUUCCUCCAAGAAGCACUCCUCCUCUUCCGCAAAGUCAUCUCUGUUCCACGGCGGAGCUCCCAAAGAAGAACCCUUGACGUUACGUGAGGCUGACGGGCUGAAGAUGAAGCUCAUCAUGUCGCCGGAGAAAGAGGAAGGAGAAAGCUUCCCGUUCACGCCUCACUCAUCCAAAGGUGUAAAGAAAGAGAAGGAUAGAGACAGGAUGCAGCUCUCGAAGUCACCCAAGAAGAAACUACAGCAAAAUAGAGAUCCACUUCCUGUAGUAGGGAAAGAGGUGGAGGUGGAAGGUCAUUAUGGAGGUGGCAUGGGAGAUGACAGCUCUUCAUCCGGGGGUGAACUGGAGGCUGGUGAACUGGUUAUAGAUGAUUCAUACACACACCUGUCAAAAAAGAAGAAGAAGAGCAAAAAAAGCAAGAAGAAAAAGGACAAAGAAAAAGACAGAGACAAGGAUAAAAGUGGGAAAGACAAGAAGCACAGCAAAGGAUUUGGAGACUCAUCGAGGGGCCACAGCCACUCCCAUCCCACUGUCACUCACAGCGCUGUUGGUCCAAUGUAUGCCAUGGGCACGCCUGUCCCUCCACAUCACCAUCAAGGCAAUGAUGGAAUCACAGAAAAGAAGAAGAAGAAAGAGGAAAAAGAUCGGGAAAAGCAUGAGAAGGAAAAAGAAAAGCCCAAGAAGAAGAACACAACAGCAUAUCAGGUGUUUUGUAAGGAGUACAGGGUCAACAUAAAUGCAGAACAGCCUGGACUAGUCUUUGGUGAGCUAAGCAAAAGGUUGGCGGAGGUGUGGAAGGCGAUGCCAGAGAAAGACAAAUUAGUUUGGAGGCAAAAAGCUCAGUAUCUGCAGCACAAACAGAACAAAGCUGAGGCCACCACAGUCAAACACAAGACUGCCAGUGAGGGCAAAAGCAAAGUUGUAGGAACGGGAACAGGGAUGGUGUCCCCGAACAGAGCGCCUGGCACUGUGUCCCUGUCCCCAGCACGAGUCCCAGAUGUUGAUCCUAUUGAUGCAGCAGCUCACCUGCAGCUCUUGGGAGAGUCCCUGUCCUUGAUUGGGCAUCGGCUACAGGAAACAGAGGGGAUGGUGGCUGUGUCCGGGAGUCUGUCUGUACUUCUGGACUCCAUCUUGUGUGCGCUGGGACCGCUGACCUGUCUCACAGCACAGAUACCACAAUUAAACGGAUGUCCUCGAAACGUCCUGUCAAAUACGUUGGACAACAUUGCCUACAUCAUGCCUGGACUGUGAGUGAAGGAGGAUAAUCGGCGUGGAGUGAUUUGACAUAAGACGUUAACAAAUUUGACUGGAGUGGUCUUUCACAGGAGUGACCCUUGGACUUUAAUUUAAGGCACUGCUUGGCAUCUGAAAACUUGGGUAUUUCUAGUGUCAACAUGUUUUUAAAGUAUUUUUUAAAAGCCUUGUUUUCUUAAGUUUUCUAAUUGUUAUAUUUUUUUAAUGAAACAUUUUACUGAACACAUUAAUCUUUCUUGGCGUGUCAGCUUAGUUUUACUUGUUUAUUGUACAGUGUGCUGUUGUAUGAAUGGGUUUACGCUUGUAUGUACUGUACUGAAUGCAUGUGUGCAUUUGAUCAGCUGUGGAGUGGGUGUGACUGUUAGUAUAUGAGACUGUUGACUGUUCUGGACAUGUUAGAUUGUUUUGUUUUUUUACAAAAUGUACAGGAACAUUUAAGUUGUCUUUUGGUCAUCAUCAACAUAACGUAAUAUAUUUGACACCUGCUUAGUUUUUCUUUUAACGUGUAAAAAGUACUAUCAUGCCUUGCUGUUUUAUACAUUUGAUAUUUUACUGUGCGUACAGCAUUUAGAUUUUGACUACUGUAAAAUUUCAAAAGUAAUAAAAACAUCUUUUAGGUGCAACCUUGUUUUAAUCAGGAGCUGUUAAACAAAAAUCACUGUCAGACCAAAAUGGCAGCAUUAAAAAAUUAUCUGUCCCCAAA